AUGGUGGUUAUUGAGAGUUUGACAAAAUCUGAAGAAGAUAUGAUAAGCGAAUUACCGGAUGCUUUGAUAUGUGAAAUACUAUGUCGUAUUUCAACUAAGGAUGUUGUCAAAACAAGUGUUUUGUCCAAGAGAUGGAAAAAUAUUUGGCAACAGAUUCCUAUAUUGGAUUUAGACUCCGAACAAUUCGAGACCCUCAGUGGGUUUCUUAGUUUUGCUAACAGUGUUUUUGAUCUUCAGAGGGGUUUAGUGAUACGCAAACUCAGUUUAUAUAUGUCUAGAUGGGGUCAUGAUGAUUAUAACUCUUUUCUUAACCAAUGGACUCAUGAUGACUCUCCGACCAUGCGCAAUAUUCAGCAUCUUGAUAUUCGUUCUAAUGCACUUUCAAGAAUUACGUGUUUAAGAGCUAACGUUAACAAACAUAAGAAGUUUAAGAUCAUCAAUUCGGGUUUCUCUGCCAAAGCAGAUAUUUCUUUUUGCGGCUUAUGCGAUCAUGGUUUGAUUCACGAUGUCUUAACUGAUGUAUUAUGGGUCAGGGAGCUAGUUAUUAGUAGUAAUACUUGGAAGGAAUUAUUGGUUGGUGUUGCUUGUACGAAGGUGGUGGUUUCAACAGUGCCUUCGUGUUUGGUAUCGUCACUGAAGUUUGUUGAAUUCAGAAGACCAAUCACGGGAUAUGAAACUGAAAUGAAGCUAGUAAAGUAUUUUCUGAAGAAUUCAACAAUCCUUAAGAAAUUGACCCUAAGAGUUUCUAAUUGUCGUAUGAUAAAGGGAAAGGAUGCCAUCCUUGGGGAAAUCUUUGCAACGCCAAAAGUCUCUAUUGAUUGUGAAAUCCUUGUUCUUUAG